CUUUCUGAUGGUUAUAAAACUAAGGGGCCACAUUUUUCAUUCUCUCGGGCAUUACUAAGGGCUAUAGGGAUAUUCCUAAAUAGUUUACAUCUGUGCUCUGAGUCUGGAAGAAAACACCGAGCUAGAUUUCAGGAGAGAAAGAAACUGGAGACAGCUGCGAAAGGGGCGUUGCUGCUGUCUGCUCUAUGACUGUGUGGGUCAUCUAUUCCCUUCAGUAGUAACAGAAGAAGCACAUCCAAAGCAAUAGUGAGCUGGCCUUUGAGUAUGAACUAACCAGGGCUACACAGUAUUACAUAUAGCCUUGUUACUUUCCUAUGCAACAGCAUCCAUAAAUUCAGCAAAGAAGUAUGUGGAUGCCUAUUGCAUGGACCAAGCUCCAAAGCUGCAGUGGAAAAAAAGAAAAGGAAACUUUGCAGUUGGAUUUUCCAGAGCAGGAUCUAUGAGACAAGGUAAUUCAGGAAAACACUGCAGAUUCGGAGCUAAAUCUACAGCCUUCUAGGAAAAAAAAAAACCGAAAACAUUAAAUGUGCAAGUUUGGAUUGGAGCUGUGUUUGUUUCUGAAGACUAUGGAUAGGUAUCAAAGCUGGCAGCAGAACUGUUUGAAUGCCUUCCUUCUUGUGCUGCUAUGGAGCAGCAUUUCCCAUGCCCAGAGAGACUGCACGGGUGCGGAGUGCCAGCCCCUGGACAACUGCAUCGAGGAUGUGCUGGAGCCCGGCGAGUGCUGUGCCACAUGCCUGCAGCAUGGCUGCACAUGUGAAGGCUACCAGUACUACGACUGUGUCAACGUGGGCUUCAUCAACGGCAAGGUACCUGAGGGGCAGUCUUACUUUGUGGACUUUGGAAGUACUGAGUGCUCAUGCCCCAAGGGAGGAGGCAAGAUCAGCUGCCAGUUCAUGCUGUGCCCAGAGCUGCCCCCCAACUGCAUCGAUGCGGUGGUGCCAGCAGAUGGGUGUCCUCAAUGUGGGAGAAUAGGCUGCCUCCACGAGGGUCAGAAGUAUGUAGCGGGGCACACCUUCCACAUGCCCCCCUGCAAGGUUUGCCAUUGCCCGAACGCUGGUGGUGAGCUGAUGUGCUACCAGCUUCCAGACUGUAACACAUUUGCCCUGAACACUGCAAGUCCAAUAGAUGCUGAAGACAGCGAGCCCGAGAGGCACUAUGACGAUCCAUACAGCUAUGACCAGGAGGCACCAGAAGGAGACAACACCCAGGUGGAGUCUCCAAAAAAAUACAGGAGUUACUCGUCCCACCUAGAGCAAGAGAGCAUCAGCCAGGAGCAGAGUGAGGAUUAUGACUACCUACCAGCUAGCAUUGCUCCUUCAGCUUUGGCUCCGGGUGAGCCAGACUCCGAGGAACUGGCUGCGCUGCUCACCACACCAGUGCCCAGGGCCCCCUCUGAAGUUCGAAGUGCCACAGAGAGAAGUGAGCGAAAAAGGGUGCCCCGCACCACUGCAGCAUCGCUCCAGCAACUGACACAUAAGGGAACACCAGUAACCACCAGUGCUCCUCCAGGGCACACAAGAGCCACCACUGAGACACCCAAGCACAUGGAGGAAUUGGAGAGGAAACCAAAGGGAAAACAAGGAGACAAAGAGAAGCAAGAUCAGGAAAGAGCCCCACACUCUAAAAUGAAAAAGCAUGCCAGAAAAGACGACCUAGGGAACAGCCUGUAUCUAGGCUUGAAAGAGGUGAAUUUGACAGAGCCGAGUGCAUCAAAAUCUUCCCAUGAAACACAGGAGGGAAAUGAUUUCCCCAAGGUAAAGUUCAGUGCCACAACCUCUCCUCCUGUUGCUCUAAAGGAAGACCGUAGUCAGUCAUCCCAAAAGCAGUCACAGACGCUUUAUCGUUACCAUCCUGAGGAGCAUGGGGACCCCAACUCUAUUCACGCUAACCCCAGGUUGCCAGAAGGUUCCGCAAAGGAAUUGAUUGAGAGCUGCUGUGGAGCUGGCCAGCAGUGGGCUAUAGACAACGGGGAGUGCACAGAAAUCCCUGUCAGUGGAAUGGAUGGUGACAUUUGCAGAAUUGCUCAGAAGCAGUGCUGCAUCUCCACCGUGAAGGAGAACAGCUGCCUGGCCGGCAUGAUUGCUGCGAAGGAAGGAGAUGUGUGUGGGCCAGAGGAAGGAGAUCCCUGUGGAGGAUCAGCAUAUAAGCAAUGCUGUGACUGUUGUAAUCUGGGCCUGCGAUUGAGGAGUGAGGGGAAAUCCUGUGAGUCCAGCAUCAAUCUGGGCUAUCCCUGCAGCCAUGUGAUGCUGUCCUGCUGUGAAGGGGGAGACCACUUCAUCCAUCCAGAAAUAAAAAGGCAACCUGAACCUCUGCCAACAGUGACACCUGAGAAAGUUUCAGAGACAGAAGAUCACAAUGAAGCUUUGUCCAUCAAUAAUGAAGCUGAGCUGUCAAAUAAUCUGCCUGGAGAUGACCUGGAUGAAUGUCUUAUCUAUGGUGGGGAGCUCUGUCAGCAUUUGUGUAUAAACACGGUGGGGUCCUACAAGUGCUCGUGUUUUCCAGAAUUCACUUUGCAAGAGGAUGGGACCAGCUGCUCUCCAGAUCCUGACAGAGGACAGGUGACAAGGCUGGAAGCAGAAGCCACCAUCCCUCCGGUAGCCUCUCCUUCUCAGCCUCUUCGCAUCAUGUCUUUAGAAGAAGAGCAGGAUAAGUGUAAAGAUAAUGGUCCCUGCAAACACAUCUGCAAUGUUGUGGAAGGAAAUGUUGUGUGCUCUUGUUUGUCUGGAUAUACACUCAUGGCUGAUGGGAUUUCUUGUGAAGAUUUGGAUGAGUGCCUCACAGGUGCUCACGCUUGUUCCAGAGGACAAUUAUGUGUGAACACAUUGGGAUCAUUCUACUGUGUCAACCACAGAGUGAUCUGUGCAGAGGGCUUUAUACUCAACAGACAUAGAAAAUGUGUUGACAUCAACGAAUGUGUGACAGACACACACACCUGCCAGCGGAGAGAGCACUGCCUCAACACAGUGGGAUCAUUCAAGUGUCUCCAGGAACUGAGCUGUCAGCCAGGUUAUGAACUGAAGGAUGGAGAAUGUGUUGAUAUUGAUGAGUGCAAGAGGGGAACUCACAGUUGCAAGGUAAACUUCGUUUGUCAGAAUACAGAAGGAUCAUUCUACUGUGAGUCAAAGCAACGCUGCAUGGAUGGAUUUUUACAAGACCCUGAGGGAAACUGCGUGGAUAUUAAUGAAUGCACAUCUCUCCCUGAGCCAUGUAAACCAGGAUUCAACUGCAUCAAUACCGUUGGGUCGUACACCUGCCAAAGGAACAUGCUGACAUGCAGCAGAGGCUACCACUCCAACGAGGAGGGAACGCGGUGCAUCGAUGUGGAUGAAUGUCAAACUGGUGUGCAUCGUUGUGGCGAAGGGCAGAUUUGUCAUAACCUUCCUGGGUCUUACCGCUGUGACUGCAAGAUGGGGUAUCAGUACGAUGCCUUCAGCAGGAGCUGUAUUGAUAUAAAUGAGUGCUGGAACUACCCUGGACGCCUGUGUCAGCACACGUGUGAGAACACCCCUGGGUCCUACCACUGCACUUGUUCUUCUGGUUUCCGCCUGUCCUAUGAUGAGAAGCACUGUGAAGAUGUGAAUGAAUGUGAUACUAGUCCUUGCAGCCAGGAGUGUGCCAAUGUUUAUGGUUCCUAUCAGUGUUACUGCAGGCAAGGUUUCCAGCUAGCAGAAGAUGGGCAUUCUUGCAAAGAUAUUGACGAGUGCACACAGAGUGCAGGCAUUCUUUGUACUUUCCGCUGCGUGAAUGUUCCUGGUAGUUAUCAGUGUGCUUGUCCUGAGCAGGGAUACACCAUGGCAGCCAAUGGAAGAACCUGUCGAGAUGUCGAUGAAUGUGCAAUAGGAACCCACAACUGCUCAGCUGCAGAGACUUGCUAUAACAUCCAGGGUAGCUUCCGCUGCCUGUCCUUCGAGUGCCCUUCCAACUACAGAAAAGUGUCUGACAUGAGGUGUGAACGAAUCAGUUGUUUUAACUAUCUGGACUGCCAGAACACCCCAGUGCGCAUCACCUACUACCAGCUGAACUUCCAAACCAACAUCGUGGUCCCAGCUCACAUUUUCCGUAUUGGACCAUCGCCUGCCUAUGCUGGAGACAACAUAAUCCUUACUAUUAUCAAGGGAAAUGAAGAAAACUACUUCAGCACUCGAAGGCUGAACUCGUACACGGGCAUUGUCUAUCUUCAGCGACAAGUGAAGGAGCCUAAAGACUUUUUGCUGGAUGUGGAAAUGAAACUGUGGCGUCAGGGAACAUACACCACUUUUCUUGCCAAAAUUUACAUUUUCAUCACAGCUCAUGCGUACUGAAGCAUGUAUUGACAUUGGAUUUUAUUGGUGCUAUGCUCUUUAGCUCUUCUACCAAAGCUUAAUCCUGUUGAACUGGCAUUUCAUGUAUUUAGCCUUUAUAUUAUUUUUCUAUCAUUGCUUUAAACUUUUUUAUUGGUUGUGUAAAUUAAGUUAAUUUUUAUCUUUUGUGUUUUGUUUUCUUAAGCAAUUCUUUACAUCAUCGUUUGACAAGGAACGAAGGAAGGGUUACAGAGGCAGCACGUACAUUGUGUUCAAUGCUGGAACCUUUUCUUAGCAAUGACUUUUAGGUUUAGUCACAUCUGCAGGGUAUUGCACUAGAGAGGAAAGAUGUUCACUUGGGAGUAUUGGGUUUUGCCACUAAGGAAAAAAACCUUGAGCAAUUUCUCUUUAUGACACCAGCUUAUAUCUUGGCCUAGCCACGGGAUUCACUGAGGUUUCUCUGUGUUGGGAUGCUGUUGGCAGCCAUACGUGUACACUGAUAGUUGGCUCAUCUCAUGUUACCAGUCUAUUUUCCUCCUUCCAACUUUCAUACUAUGUUGCCUAAAGUAUAUAUAAAUAAAAGAAACCUCCACCAGAGAAAAA